AUGUCAGGUUCCACAAUUAACGCACAGGAGAGCUUCGAUCUGAUUACAAAGAACUUGCAAGAAGUACUCAAUCCACAAAUUAUCAAAAAUGUGUUGGAAGUGGAAAAGAGACCUGUGAAGUUGUACUGGGGUACUGCCCCAACUGGUAGACCGCACUGUGGUUAUUUUGUUCCUAUGACGAAGUUGGCUGAUUUCUUGAAGGCUGGCUGUGAAGUCACAGUGCUGUUAGCAGAUUUGCAUGCUUUCUUAGACAACAUGAAGGCUCCUUUGGAAGUUGUUAAUUACAGGGCUAAGUACUACGAACUCACGAUUAAGGCUAUUUUGAGAAGUAUUAAUGUUCCUAUUGAGAAAUUAAAGUUUGUCGUUGGAUCUUCCUACCAGUUGUCCGCUGAGUACACAAUGGAUAUCUUCAGAAUGGCUAACAUGGUUUCGCAAAACGAUUGUAAAAGAGCAGGUGCUGAUGUGGUCAAACAGGUUGCUAACCCACUGCUGAGUGGGUUGAUUUACCCGCUGAUGCAGGCAUUGGAUGAACAUUACCUGGACUGUGAUGUGCAAUUUGGUGGUGUCGAUCAAAGAAAGAUCUUCGUGCUCGCUGAAGAAAACUUGCAAUCUCUAGGUUACAAGAAGAGAGCGCAUUUAAUGAACCCUAUGGUUCCAGGUUUAGGUCAAGGUGGUAAGAUGUCCGCCUCCGAUCCAAACUCCAAGAUUGAUCUGCUGGAAGAACCAAAGCAAGUAAAGAAGAAAAUCAACAGUGCAUUCUGUAGUCCGGGUGUGGUCGAGGAUAACGGUCUCUUGGCUUUCGUCCAACAUGUCAUUCAAAGAAUCCAGGAGCUAAAGUUCGGUGAAGGUCAUUUCGAAUUCUUCAUCAACAGACCAGACAAGUUCGGUGGUCCAAUCACUUAUAAUUCUUUCGAACAACUAAGAUCUGACUUCAAGGAGGAGAAGCUUUCCCCACCAGAUUUGAAGACUGGUGUCGCCGAUGCAAUCGUCGAGUUAUUGGAACCAAUUAGACAAGAGUACGCAAAUAGCCCAGAGUUCCAAGAGGCCCAGGAGAAAGGUUACCCAGUGGCCAAGCCAGAGAAAAGUAAGAAGGCUAAGAAGCCUAAGAACAAGGGAACAAGAUACCCAGGAUCUCAACCGGACGGCAGUGCUCCAGCAGGUGACGACAAGAGCGCCAUUCAAGAGGUUGCUGAAAAGGUCAAGGAAGCUGUUCUUGAGUGA